AUGAGGAGCUGCCCGAGCAUUUCGUCAGCCUCAGAUUUUAGUGCUGCUAAACGAGUUAUAGUUGGCGAACUGGGGUCUGAUGGUUCUCCUGGUUACUGUUCCCAGGGAAUGGUAGCAGUAGGUUACGCCAGAGCUGGUCUCUGGUCUGGUUUAGAGGAGGCUGUCGAGCAGCUGAGUAGCAGCUGCCCAGCCUGCAGAAGCCCGGACCAGGGAGGAAUUCAGGACUGGCGAAAGGCCGCUCACAGAGGCCUGCCGGUGGCGGCAGCAGCGGCCUGGGCAGGCUCUGGGCUGAGGACGUUUCAUCAGUUGAUUAACGGAGGGCCCAGCCGCCGCGCAACCCGGGUUGCUCCCCUGCCAGAAAAUAAAACAAAAGGGAAACUUCAAAAGCAGAUUUGUCAAGUCGUUCUGGAUCAUUUUGAGAAGCAGUACACAACGGAACUGGGAGAUGCGUGGACCAGCGUCAGAGAUGUACUCACAUACCCGCUGUGCUGGCAGCACGCUGUCCUGCUUAACAAGUUCAGCCAGUCCGCUGAACUGGAGAACAGCUUGCGCGUGAAGGGGUAUCAUCCUGCCUUUCAAGGACCUCUGCCCUAUCGUCCGGCAUCGCUGAAGUGUUACAUCAGGAGAACUCCUGGGAGAUUCCCUGCACAAAAGCACCACGCUGGUAAACUGAAAGAGUAUUAUCUGCUAAAUGCUGCUUCGCUGUUGCCAGUGCUGGCAUUAGAAGUGAAAGAUGGGGAAGACGUUUUGGAUCUCUGUGCUGCACCAGGGGGUAAAUCAGUAGCUAUACUGCAGUGUGCCUAUCCAGGUCAGUUUCACUGUAAUGAAUAUGAUGAUUUGAGGUCAAGAUGGUUGAAACAGACAAUAGAAUCCUUCAUCCCGGAUCCUUUGAUUAACUUAAUAAUGGUCUCGAAACUGGAUGGUAGACAGAUUGGAGAUCUUAAGCCUGAAUUAUAUGACAAGGUACUGGUUGAUGCUCCUUGUUCAAAUGACAGAAGUUGGCUGUUCUCUUCUGAUAUUCAGCAAGCUACGCUUAGGCUAAUGCAAAGGAAGGAGUUAUCGUCUGUACAAUUCCAGCUGCUAAGGUCUGCUAUUAAAGCAUUGCGUCCUGGUGGAUCGUUGGUCUACUCUACGUGCACUCUCUCAAAGGCAGAAAACAGCGAUGUAAUAAAUCUCAUUCUAAACUCCUGCAGUAAUGUUAUACCUGUAGACAUAAGUGAAAUGGCCAAAGCUGUUUCUCAGGAAUUCACUUUUCUCAGUGGUACGCAACAGCAUGAACUUCUGGUUCUCCCAGAGAAAGGGAGAGCAUGGGGUCCAAUGUACGUAGCUAAAUUAAAGAAAAUGUAGUCUGUCUGAUGGCUGGUAGUUUUUUAUAAGGGAUAUGUGAUAAAUUAAUAUUUAUUUCUAAUAUAGUAUGUGUAUAUGAACAUGUCCAAG